AUGAUGAGCGGAAGUGGCGGUUCAAGAUAUCCCUUCACUGCUUCCCAAUGGCAGGAGCUUGAACACCAGGCUCUCAUCUACAAAUACAUAGCUUCAGGCAUUCCCAUUCCUUCUGAUCUCAUCCUCCCCAUAAGAAGGAGCUUUCUCCUUGACUCAACUGCAACCUCUCCUUCCCUUGCUUUCCCUACUCAAGCGCAAUUGGGAUGGAGCUGCUUUCAAAUGGGAUUUGGUAAGAAAGCAGAGGACCCAGAGCCAGGAAGGUGCAGGAGAACAGAUGGAAAGAAGUGGAGAUGCUCAAAGGAAGCUUACCUUGAUUCGAAGUACUGUGAGAGGCACAUGCAUAGAGGGAAAAAUCGUUCAAGAAAGCCUGUGGAAAUCUCUCUUUCUGCUAAAACGAAUCAGUCAUCUUCUUCUUCUUCUCCCUCUUCUGCUCAGUCGCCAUAUCUUGCAAACCUUUCAAUCUCCACUCCUCAGAGUAAUUACAACCUCUCAUGCCCUUAUUCAAACUAUUCAAGACCUCCAUGGGCGGCUCAUUUCUCUGCUGAUUCAGGCACUUCACAUCUUCAGUUAAACUCUGAUAAACUCUUUCUAAUUUUACAUUUUUAA